AUGAGCAAGCGGAGGCUGCUGAGCGGUAAACUCGUUACUCUCGCCACCCGGGAGAAAAAGCAAGAAAUUCAGCUCGAGAGACCGUCCUUAGCCCUGAGGUCAACGAGCCCCAGGCUCCGCCCACCGUGCCUGCAGGACGCAGGAGCAGUGACGCAACUCUGCCUGCGACGCCGGCGAGCCCGCAGCCUGCGCUGCCCCGAAACAAGGCGCAGGGGCUGGGGCUGGGAUUGCGUCAUAUGUUGUCUGGAGAAGGGAGCUCGGUUCCGGUGUUGCGAGUCCUCGCCGGGAGAGGCGCGAGAUGGAGAAGGCGUGCGGGGGUUGUCCCCAUCUCAUGCUCCCGGUGUCCGGAGUGUCUGGACUCGGUGUCUCUGGUCUGUGGAAAACCUCCGGCUGUGGACUUCGCGGGAAGAGUCACCCCCUCGAGAUCGGGAGGACUGCAGUGGAGAGCAGAGCCGCUGGGACGCCUCACGCUGUGACCCCGGGGAUCGCGUGCUGUCCGCGGUGGCUCAGUGGGAGACCGAGCCCGGAGAGCUUCAGGUUUUCUCUUCUUGCUCCCCUUCCAGAGAGGGACCCUUUCGGAUCGGGGAGCUUAUUUUAGGUCAGACGGGGAAAAGACACACGCAAUUUAAGAAAUGAUUUCGGCUGUGCAACGUCGGACACUUUGAUACUACGGGGGCAGUCCCGUUCAGCGAGAUCGUGGACAAGUUCCCCGGACAGAUCUCGACGAGUUCCUCUGGUCAAAAUGUUCGACUCUCAGCUCCUGCUCCAGCACCAUGGAAUGAACCUCUGAAAACGAGAUAAAGGAUGUACUGAUGAUGGACAUCAGCCCAGGGGACACGGUUUUGGAAGCAGACUCAGGCUGUGGUGCAGUGAGCUUAUUUUUAUCCAAAGCAGCAUCACACAGGUUAUUGAACUUUUGGAUGGGAUUCGCACCUGUGAACUUGCUCUCUCAUGUGAACAGAUAAGUGAGGUCAGAGAUUGGCUGCUUUGCCUUACAAAACGGAGAAGUGGCAUUCUGCUUGGUCCAAAAGUCAGACCAAAAUCAACACAAAUUUACAAUUACAUUCUCUCAAGGAAAUUGGAGUUGGAAACGAAGUAUUUCAAGAGGAGAACCAUGUUGAGCUUCAGUUUUAUUUUAU